UGGCAGAAUCAAUGAUAUAAAACCAUGGCUCUCUGCGUUUGACAUAAUACUCCUCAUUAUUUCCUUUCCUUAAACAUUACAAUUUCAAAAUGGAGAGGAAAAAAAUGGCUUUGACAUUGCUACUUGUGAUGACAUUCUUGCUCUUCUGCAUGGCUCAAGCAUCAUCUGUUGAUUCUAGUGUCCACAUUCAAGACCAAUUUACCAAUUUUGAGUUGGUAAAAGGACCUAAUAGAAGGCUUUUGGCAUUUGUGGACUGUGGAAGAAGGUGCAGUGUGAGAUGUAGUAUGCACUCAAGGCCAAAAGUUUGCAUGAGAGCUUGUGGGACAUGUUGUAUAAGGUGCAAGUGUGUUCCUCCAGGCACUUAUGGGAACAGAGAAAUAUGUGGGAGGUGUUACACUGAUAUGACUACUCAUGGCAACAAGCCCAAGUGUCCCUAAUUAAACAAUUGUCCAAUCCCAUGUGUCUACUUAGCACAAAUUUUGAAUUCCUCUUAUAUGCUUUUUAUUUUGUUUAAUUUCUAUGUACUAUGUAUCAGUUUUUGUUUUUGUGAGUUAGUUAUAAGUAAUGAGUCAGAUGUGGAAUAAACAUCUAGUGAGUAAUUAAGUAACACAUUUUUCCUUAAUGGUUAUUUUAAUUUUGAUAACAAAUGAAAUUGAUUGCGUCUA